GAUGUCGGUUUCACUUUAACAGAUACUACAAAACAUGCCAACAACAUCAAAGUGGGCCCAACCACGAAAGCUCAAAGAAAAAGCCAAAGUACCCCAUUUCUUCUUCAAACUUUGACCGCCUACUUAUUUAAUUUACUCCUAAUUAAUCAUAUUAUAAAUAAUAUUAUAUUCAAUUAAAUGAUUAGUCACAAAAUUAGGUUUUUGUUUAAUACAGUACUGACAGUGAGCGUUCAUAAUAUAGUUUUCUUUCUUUGUAUACUUAUUAAAGUCGGCAGCAUAUGGUCUGUCAUCUUUAAACAAGUAAAGGAAAAUUAAUAUUUAUUUAAUAUAACUUUCCCUCCUUUUCCCCUACUUUAUUUAAACUACCCUCCAAAAUUAAUAAAUAUACCAGUGAGAGAGAGAGAGAUUGAUUUUACAGAGAUGGGGAAUUGCCUGUUCGGUGGGAUGGGAGACGGCGACCAAUCAUUGAUCAGAGUAGCCACGUCAACCGGCGGCGUCAUGGAAUUCUCCGCCCCCAUAACUGUGGAGUCCAUCACCGACGAAUUCCCCGGCCACGGAAUAUUCCGGAGCCACGACCUCUUCUGGAAGCCCCUCCCGCACAGCGACGUGCUCCUCGCCGGGGAGUCUUACCAUCUCCUCCCGCUUCUGGAUUCCGCCACCGUCAAGGGGGCGGCGCCGCGGGUGGGGCACGUCAGAUCUAACAGCGCGCCGCCGCAGCAGUUGGGCGGUUCGGCGCCGUACAGGAUGUCAUUCGACAGCCGCGGGCUGACGAAGAGGUCGGCGCCGGCGGCGGAGGACGCGGUUCAUGUUGGCGGCAAGGCGGCGGCGUAUGGGUUCUGGAAGGUGAAGCUAGUAAUAAGCCCGGAGCAGUUGAUGGAGAUAUUGGCGGAAGAGGGAAAGACGGAGGAGCUGAUAGAGAGCGUUAGAACGGUGGCGAAAUGUGGGAGUGGUUUCGUCGGAGGGUUUUCCGAUCAUUGGAGCCUUUCCAGCAGUAGCAGAAAUGCAGCUUCCUCCAACAAAGAUGUAUUGUUGGAGAUUUGAUAUACAUACUUUUUUUUUUUUUUUUUUUUUUUUUGUCUUAAUUUGCUGAGUUGUUAUAUAUAGAUUUAUCAUACUCUCCGUGCCAUUACAUAGUUUGUAUGUAAGUUAAUUAACUCCUUUGUGUUAAGCUAAUUUUAAGUUGAGUUCUUCUAUUCUCGUCUUUAAAUCUAAUUAAUCCAAUCUCUAAUUCA